ACCAAAAAAAAAAAAAUCGAAACCAAUAAGAUUUUAAAGCUAGUGAUCAUUGAAAAAAUUCCACCAUCAUUAAGGAAUAAAAUAAUUUGGUAAAUUUGCAUUUUUUUUAUAGAAUCAUUUUGCAUUAACAGCCAAGAAAUGGAAAUGAAAGCAUCUAAUACCUUCCUUCCUUCAUCAUUUAUGUUCUUAAUAAAAUAAAAUAAAUAUUUUAGCUUUUCUCCAUUCGUCACACUCUCUUCUCGCGGUGUCAUCCCCAUCCAUCGUGCUUUCUAUUUAUUGACCGAACCCUAAUAAAAAUCCAACGGAUUUUAGUUCCUUGCCCCGUUUACUUGUUUUGAUCUCGAUUCACAAGCCUUUCAGCUCGCAAUCAUGGAUGAAGAGUACGACGUGAUCGUGCUGGGAACUGGUCUCAAAGAAUGCAUUCUCAGUGGGCUUCUCUCCGUCGAUGGCCUCAAGGUCCUGCAUAUGGAUAGGAACGACUAUUAUGGAGGAGAAUCUGCAUCCCUUAACCUUAUUCAGCUCUGGAAGAGGUUCAGGGGAGCUGAUGCACCUCCAGCAAGCUUAGGGUCAAGUAGGGAUUAUAAUGUGGACAUGAUCCCUAAGUUUAUGAUGGCUAAUGGUGUUCUUGUACGAGUACUCAUUCACACUGAUGUCACAAAGUAUCUGUCCUUCAAAGCUGUGGACGGUGGCUUUGUCUAUAACAAACAAAAGGUUCACAAGGUGCCAGCAACUGACAUGGAGGCAUUGAAGUCUCCCUUGAUGGGUAUCUUUGAAAAGCGUCGAGCUCGCAAGUUUUUCAUUUAUGUCCAAGAUUAUAAUGAAUCUGAUCCCAAAACACACGAGGGGCUGGACUUGACUAGAGUGACCACCAAAGAAUUGAUUGCGAAAUAUGGUCUUGAUGAUAAUACCAUAGACUUCAUCGGUCAUGCCUUGGCGCUGCAUAGAGACGAUCGAUAUCUUAAUGAACCUGCUAUAGAUACAGUGAAGAGAAUGAAGCUGUAUGCCGAGUCUCUUGCUCGUUUUCAAGGCGGAUCCCCUUAUAUUUACCCCUUGUAUGGAUUGGGAGAGUUGCCGCAGGCAUUUGCACGGCUGAGUGCAGUCUAUGGUGGCACAUAUAUGUUGAACAAACCUGAAUGCAAGGUAGAGUUCGAUGGUGAAGGCAAAGUUGUUGGCGUCACCUCAGAAGGAGAAACUGCUAAGUGCAAGAAAGUGGUUUGUGAUCCGUCCUACUUGCCAGGAAAGGUUAGGAAGGUCGGUAAAGUUGCCAGGGCAAUUGCCAUCAUGAGCCACCCAAUUCCCAACACCAAUGACUCUCACUCAGUGCAGGUUAUUCUUCCACAAAAGCAAUUGGGUCGCAAAUCAGACAUGUACCUUUUCUGCUGCUCUUACUCCCACAAUGUUGCUCCAAAGGGGAAAUUCAUCGCUUUCGUAUCAACUGAGGCUGAGACAGAUAACCCACAGGUGGAGUUGAAGCCAGGGAUUGACCUUCUUGGUCCAGUUGAUGAAAUAUUCUUCGAGAACUACGAUAGAUACGAACCAGUCAACGAGCCAUCUCUGGACAAUUGUUUCAUAUCUGCAAGUUAUGAUGCCACAACACACUUCGAAUCGACCGUCACUGAUGUCCUUAACAUGUACACAAUGAUAACUGGAAAGAAUCUUGACCUGAGCGUGGAUUUGAGUGCUGCCAGCGCUGCCGAAGAGUAUUGAAGCUGCUCGGCCUCUCUUCCCUGCAUCACUCAGCCUCGUGCUCCCCAGCUGUUUUGGAGUUGUUUUAAAACUGUGUGUCAGAUCGCUAUCAUAGUGAGACUGAGUUACAGUUAUCGUCAGGAACUGAACUUAUAUGUGUUACAAAUGCCAAGUGUAGAAAACAAUGUUUGUUCUUCCUCAGGAGGCUGGUUUGUGGCUUUUCCAGGGAGUUUUCAGUGUUCCUGUGUGAUAUUUGGUUUACCCUUUUGUCAGGUGCUGUGCAUUGCUUACUUCACUACAGCUAACAAAUGUCAAUUUCAGGCUGUGCUUCAGUGUUAUGACAGUUGGUUCGUUGUCACCAUGUUAGAUUGAAGGCUCAGCUUUCUCAUUUAUCAGCUGCUUACUUCUCUUGGUACAACAAAAAAAGGAAAGAACU